UUCGCACACACUUAAAGUUUACAAGAAAUUUCGUGAUUUUUCUAAUAUUUUCAAUAAAACUGUAAAUUAAACAUGAUACAGCUCGCUGGAAGACUACAGACAACAUUAUAUAGAAGCAUAACAAGAACUUGCUUGAAUAAUUCACAGACAAUUAAUGCAUAUUCUAUCUUAAUUAACCGAAAUAAACACACAAAACACAGUAGCUCAAAAUCAAACAUCCAGCAGAAUGCAUUAAAAUUAGAUCCAACAAAGAAAUUCGACUGUCCACCACAAUCAUCUAGUAAUUCUGGAUCAUCCAAUACACUACCACCACCACCAAAAAAUGAUUCCAGCAAGUACAUAAUCGCUGGAGGAAUAGCUUUAGUAGCUGGAAUUGCCGGUUUUGUGUACUAUAAAAACUCACAAGAAAGUACUCAGGAUGAUAAAGCUCAAACAAAAAGUGAUGUCGAGAAAGAAGUUAAGAAAAUUGUUAAAUUUCGAUCUCCAGAAACAUCAGAGCACAUUCCUAAACAUAUAUCAUACCUGUUAAUUGGUGGUGGUACUGCCAGUUUUGCAGCAUUUCGAGCAAUAAAAUCGAAUGAGCCAAAAGCAAAAGUUAUGGUCGUGUCUGAUGAAGUUGUUUUUCCAUACAUGCGACCACCUUUAUCAAAAGAGAUUUGGUUUGAUAGUGAUUUAGGGCUUGAUAAGGCAAGAUUUAAGCAAUGGAAUGGAGCAGAGAGGAGCAUUUAUUAUGAACCGGAUGAAUUCUAUAUGAAUAUCGAGAAAAUGGAUGAAUCAAAAAACGGGGGAGUUUCAGUUAUUCGUGGAUAUAAAGUAACAAGCUUGAAUGUUAAUGAUCAGAAAGUUAUUUUAGACGAUGGAACUGAAAUUACUUAUGAUAAAUGCUUAAUUGCCACAGGGAGCGUUCCAAAGACAUUAGACGUAUUUGAUAGUGCAUCGCCAAAAGUAAAGGAGAAGAUAUUUACCUACAAAAGUAUAAAAGACUUUGAGAUGAUCAAAAAUCAUACAGACAAAUCAAAAAGUAUAGCUAUUGUUGGAAAUGGAUUCCUAGGGAGUGAAUUAGCUUGUGCUUUAUCUCACUAUGGAAAAGAAAAGAAUUUAAAAGUUUAUCAGCUAUUUCCUGAAACUGGUAAUAUGGCUAAAGUGCUGCCAAAAUAUUUAAGUGAAUGGACAACUCAGAGAAUUAAGGAUGUCGGCGUUGACGUGAUACCUGAAAGUCAAAUAACAAGUGUAGAAAUAUUUAAUGGAAAUCAAUUAAAAUUAGGACUUAGCAAUGGAAAUAGUGUAAUUGUAGAUUUUGUCGUUCAAUCAAUUGGAUCUGAACCAAAUGUAGAUUUAGCAAAAAAAGCAGCACUGGAAAUAGACAAUAGACUUGGUGGCUACGUUGUAAAUGCAGAAUUAGAAGCUAGAUCAAAUCUUUAUGCUGCUGGAGAUGCUGCAUGUUUCUAUGAUCCAAGACUGGGAAGAAGGCGUGUAGAACAUCAUGAUCACGCUGUUGUUUCAGGAAGACUAGCAGGCGAGAAUAUGGUUGGAUUAAAAAAGCCGUACAAACAUCAGUCAAUGUUCUGGUCUGACCUUGGUUCAGCCGUUGGCUUUGAGGCUAUUGGAUUAGUAAAUUCAUCACUUCCAACUGUCGCAGUCUUUGCAAAACAAAACAAGUUUGAUUUGGAUGAGAAACAUUUAGCACUCGAUGAGAUAGAAAAAGACAGCAAUAGUGAGGAAAAGAAGAAGAAAGUUGAAGAACAGAAAGGCAUUGAAAAUACUUCAGAAAGUACACCGAAAAUUGAAGCAAAUACUCUAGAAUGUAAACCGAAUGUCGAUAGCUACGAUAAGGGAAUUAUAUUUUAUAUGCAGGAAGAGCGAAUUGUGGGAAUUUUGCUGUGGAAUGUUUUCAAUAGAAUAUCAAUAGCUAGGAAAAUUCUAGCAAGCGACGAUACAUUUAAAGAUUUAAAUGAAGUUGCAAAGUUGUUUGACAUUUUCGAUCAAUAUCAUGAAGACAAGUAGAAACAACUAAACAUGUGUGUUUGUGUUAUCAAUGAAGUAAUUCCGUAAAUGUUUAAUGGGUGAGCGAAAAUUUUGAGAUAAUUCUUUGUCAAUUUAAAACUACUUCUUCUUUAUAC